UAGAAUCUAAGCCAAAUCUAAGCCUAGUCAAGAUUGUAUGAUCAAAUUGCCUCUAAACUGAGGAUGACAUCUGCAUCUGAUGAUGAUAUUAUAAGGAGGGGACUACUGGUUGAUGGAGAAGGUGGGAAUGAAGAUAAAAGACUUAACAAUCUUCUUAAAACUUUCAUUCGCUGGUCAGCAUCCAAAGAAGAAGAUGAAAAUUCCCAAGCUAUGUACCAGCGCAUGCAAGCCAUGAUAGGACAGUGUGAAUACACUUUGGAAAAGGCAAUAAACACUUUUGAGAUGAACAAGCAGGAACUGGAAAAUUAUGAAAAAUUAAGUAGAGAAAUAGAUGAUAAAAUCAAAGAGGCAACAACAAGAAUAGCUGAAGCUAAAACUGAACUACAGAUGGCAAAAUGUAUUAGGAAAAAUAGACAAGAAUAUGAUAACUUGGCAAAGAUUAUUCAGCUCCACCCUGACAGACAGGCAACAACAAAGCAGUUGCAAUUACUAGACAAAGAGUUAUCCAGUUUGGCUACUACAAAACAGAAAUUAGAAGAAAAGUUGGAGUUGCGUAGAAAACAGUUUAUGGUGCUUAUAACUUCCAUUCAUGAGUUACAACGUAUAUUGGAGGAAGAUGACGAAAACAAUGAAGAAUCAAAAGAAGAAGAGAUGAACCUUUCAAGCUAACCAAUGUUGCAUGCAAAUUUGUAUUAUAUAAAAAGUAUUUGAAUUUUAAUAGCACUGCCAGCCACAUUUGUCUAUAUUAAUUAGAUAUUUUGCAUAUGAAACGUUCUUACUUUG